AUGUCUGAACCUAUACGCCAAAAAAGAAUGCUCAGUUGGGCAUUUUCCAAAAAGAUUCCACCAUUUACUCAACAAGAAGACCGUCAUGAAUAUCCUUUCAACCGUGCGAAUAUCUUUUCGAAACUGUUUUUUACUUGGCUGGACCCACUACUCACUAAAGGCUACCGGAGAACCCUUGAGCCCGAAGAUCUGUGGUAUUUAACCGAAGAUCUCAAGGUCGAAUAUUACUAUUCCAUUUUCAUUGCCAAGUUUGAGCCUGAUCUGGCUCUUCGACGCCAGAAGCACCUUGAAGCAAAACGUAUUGCCCGUGGUGAAUCGUUUGAAACGUCCACGAUCAGGAAGGAGGAAGACCUUGCAGAUUUCGUAUAUCCAUGGCCAAGAUUUGCCCUGCUCUUGUACAAAACAUUUUUCCGCCAGUAUACGGUUGCUUUCAUCUUCAAGACAAUUGCUGAUCUUGCUGUCACAACGACUCCUCUGCUGCAAAAGUCUCUAAUCAGCUUCGUGGAGAAACGUGCCAAUGGUUUGGAACCCCAUGUGGGAAAGGGAUUGGGCUUUGCCUUCGGUUGUGCCCUUUUUGUGUUGCUUCAAGGAGUCAUGCAAAGCAUUUACUUCUAUCUCGCAAUGUUGACUGGCUCUCAAGUAAAGGCUAUUCUUACCAAGUUGAUGUUGGAGAAAUCCUUCAGGCAGACCGGCAAGUCCCGCCACGAUUUCCCUACCGGAAAAGUUUUUACUAUCAUGGGGACGGAUCUGUCCAGAAUUGACUUUGCCGUGGCGUAUCUUCCUUUUAUUUUCGGUUUCCCGCUCCCGAUGAUUGUGAUCAUCGUGUUGUUGAUCGUCAACAUUGGACCUACGGCGUUGGUAGGAAUCGCGUCCUUCUUUGUGUUUGGGGGUUUACUGGGUGGUAUUGUCAAGCAGCUGAUGUCAUUUAGAGUUACUGCCAACAAGUUCACGGAUGCAAGAGUGAAUUUGAUAAAAGAGUUGCUCAAGAACUUCAAGAUGAUCAAGUACUACGCGUGGGAAUCGUCCUUUUUGGAGAACAUUACGGCCGUCCGUAUUUCGGAAAUGCACAAUGUACUGAUGAUUCAGACGAUCAUGUGCAUUAUGGUGGCUUGCGCGACCACUUUGCCUACACUUUGCUCAUUGGUAUCGUUCCUCGUGCUUUAUAGGAUCAACUCGUCACGCAGUGUUGCUGAUAUCUUCUCGUCGCUGUCCCUGUUCGAGGAAUUUGCGACACAAUUGAUUAUGAUUCCAGUGGCUCUUAGUUCUGCAACGGAUGCCCUGGUGGCUGUCAAGCGUGUCUUGGAAUACGUUUGUUCAGGUGAUAUUGACGAGCAAGACUUGGAUUCUGAACUCUUGUUGAUCAAAAAAACAUUGGAGAGUUCUGGCUCUGUUUUACGUGCAGUUGAUGCCUGUUUCGAGUGGGAAACGUUCGAAGCAGAAGAAGAGGAGGCCGACCUAAAGGAUGGGCAGGUUCCCAAUGUUGAAGCCAAGCCAGAUCCAGAGCUGAAAGGCCCUGAAAAAACGAGUUUUCCAGGACUGAACAACAUCAACCUGGAACUUCGCAAGGGCGAAUUUGUGGUAGUGACGGGUCUCAUUGGCUCGGGUAAAUCCUCUUUAUUGUAUGCUCUUUCUGGCUUCAUGCACCGUACCCAGGGCCAUGUGGCAUCCAUUGGCGAUCUCUUGCUGUGUGGUAACCCGUGGGUCCAAAAUGCCACCGUUAAAGAGAACAUCAUCUUUGGAAAGCAGUUUUACCAGCAGAAAUAUGACAACGUGAUCAGCGCAUGCUCUUUGGAAGCUGAUCUGGAGACUUUAUCUGCUGGAGAUAUGACCGAGGUUGGUGAGAGAGGUAUUACGCUAUCCGGAGGCCAGAAGGCACGAAUUAAUUUGGCCCGUGCGGUUUAUGCUGAACCGGACAUUCUUUUGCUAGACGAUGUACUCAGUGCAGUAGAUGCACGUGUAGGUAAGCAUAUCAUGCAGGCGUGCAUUUUGGGACUACUGAAGAACAAAACUCGUGUCCUGGCUACUCAUCAACUAUCAUUGAUCUCUGCUGCUGACCGUGUGAUAUUCAUGAAUGGAGAUGGCUCAAUAGACGUUGGAACAACUGGGGAUUUGCUUGCCCGUAACGAAGGUUUCUCCAAGUUGAUGCAAUUGAGGGCAAGUGAGAAACACGAAUACAAAGCUGGUGAAGAAGAAAUAAUCAACCACGACCCUGGGAUAUUGAAAGAUGACAAAGAGCUCAUCCGGAUCGAAACUGUCCCCAAAUCUAUCAGUGAAGCUGAUCCAGAUUCGGAUUAUCCCGAAGAAUUCGAUGGCACAUUGAUGCAGAUUGAAGACCGAGCUGUCAAUGCCAUUGAGUUUGGGAUCUACAAAAAGUAUAUCAAAAUGGGAGCAGGUUCAUUUGGCGCGGCCUUUGCGCCUUUGCUACUGAUUACAGGGGCUUGUACUGUGUUUUGCCAGCUUUUCACUAACACUUGGUUGACUUUUUGGACGGAGAAGAAAUUUGACCGUAGCAACGGCUUCUUUAUUGGUAUUUACGUGAUGUUUGCCAUAGCUGCGAUGAUUUUCGGUUUCCUAGAGUUUUUUGUGCUGCUGUACCUCACCAACACGGCGGCCAUACGCUUGAAUAUUGAGGCUAUACGUCGCCUGAUGCGCAUACCCAUGUCGUUCAUGGACACCACUCCCAUGGGAAGAGUCCUAAACAGGUUCACCAAAGAUACGGAAGUGGUAGAUAAAGAGCUUCCAGAGCUAAUCGUACUUUUUGGAAAUAUGGUGGGGACCUUGAUAGGAGUUGUGGUUCUUUGCAUCAUCUAUUUGCCAUGGUUUGCAAUUGCAGUACCAUUUCUAGGAUUUUUUUACGCUGCCUUCGCUUCUUACUACCAGGCUUCUGCUCGUGAAAUCAAGCGGAUUGAAUCAUUGCAGAGAUCGUUCGUGUAUUCCAAUUUCAAUGAGGCAUUGCAGGGCAUGGAGGUAAUCAAGGCAUAUCAGGCUGAGAAACGGUUUGUCUCUCUCAAUGACUCCUUGAUCGAUACAAUGAAUGAGGCUUAUUAUGUGAGUUUCGCGGCUAUGCGCUGGCUAGCUAUUAGAGUUGCCGUCUUGGCAUCCACUAUAGUUCUUAUCAUUGCUCUUCUCUGUGUCUUUAGAGUUUUCCACAUCUCGGCUGCCUCGGUGGGUCUAUUGCUCACUAACGUCCUCAUGCUCGCUGGUUUGUUGGGCAUGUUGUUGAACCAAGCCAUGCAGAUUGAGGUUCAGAUGAACUCAGUAGAGAGGUUGGAUUACUACGGCUUCAGAGUGGAUCAAGAAGCUCCUUUCAAGAUUUCUGAGAAAACCCCACCACCCGAAUGGCCUCAAGAAGGCAAGAUUGAAUUCGAAAAUGUGUCCUUGCGUUACCGGCCAGAAUUACCAACUGUGUUGAAAAACCUGACCAUGGAAGUGAGAGGCUCAGAAAAGAUUGGAAUCUGUGGCCGUACUGGUGCCGGAAAGUCCUCGAUUACGACUGCACUGUACCGACUUUCAGAGAUUGACUCCGGGGGACGCAUAGUGAUCGAUGGUAUCGACAUUUCUACUAUCGGGUUGCACGAUUUGAGGACAAAAUUGGCCAUCAUCCCCCAGGACCCUGUCUUGUUCCAGGGUACUAUCCGAAGCAAUCUCGAUCCUUUCCAUGAGCACAAAGAUGAGCUCUUGUGGGACGCGCUGCGCAGAAGUGGCCUAAUUGAAGGUUCCAUUUUGAAGCAGGUAAAAUUGCAGGCCAUGGACGACGACAAUCUGCAUAAGUUUCAUCUGGGACAGAACGUCGAGGACGAUGGAGCAAAUUUCUCACUUGGAGAACGCCAAUUGAUUGCUCUGGCGCGUGCUUUGAUUCGUGGCUCCAAAAUCCUUAUCCUGGAUGAGGCCACUUCCUCAGUGGAUUACGAUACUGACGCUAAAAUCCAAGCCACUAUCUCCAGUGAGUUUGCCUCGUGCACCAUAUUAUGCGUGGCUCACAGAUUGAAGACGAUUGUUAACUACGACCGGAUAUUGGUGCUUGAUGAUGGGAAGAUCAGCGAGUUCGAUAAGCCAUGGGAUUUGUUUCAGGACGAGAGUACAAUCUUCAGACAGAUGUGUGACAAGUCUGGUGUUGUAGCCAAUGACUUUGAACGGAAAUGA